UCACUGCUGUCAUUCGGUAGCUAACCAGCCGUUAGCCGGAGUAGGCGGGGAAGGAGCUCAGUCAGGAAGGUGGACGAAAGAACCAACGAAGCCAAGCAACAUGUCUCUGUCUAACAAACUCACCCUGGAUAAAGUGGAUGUCAAUGGGAAGCGGGUCGUUAUGAGAGUCGACUUCAACGUUCCCAUGAAGGACAAACAGAUCACAAAUAACCAGAGGAUCAAGGCAGCCGUUCCCACCAUUAAACAUUGUCUGGACAAUGGGGCCAAGUCGGUCGUGCUGAUGAGCCACCUGGGCCGCCCCGACGGGAACUUCAUGCCCGAGAAAUACUCCCUGGAGCCUGUUGCUGCUGAGCUCAAGACCCUUCUGGGAAAGGACGUCACCUUCCUGAAGGACUGUGUGGGUCCUGAUGUGGAAACCGCCUGCGCUAACCCUGCUACCGGAUCCGUCAUCCUGCUGGAGAACCUCCGCUUCCACGUCGCAGAGGAAGGAAAAGGCAAGGACGCCUCUGGAAACAAGACUAAGGCCUCCCAGGAGCAGAUUGACUCCUUCAGGGCUUCUCUGUCCAAACUGGGAGACGUUUAUGUCAACGAUGCCUUCGGCACGGCUCACAGAGCUCACAGCUCCAUGGUGGGAGUGAAUCUCCCGCAGAAGGCAGCUGGUUUCCUCAUGAAGAAGGAGCUCGACUACUUUGCCAUGGCCCUGGAGAAACCUCAGAGGCCCUUCCUGGCCAUCCUGGGAGGAGCGAAGGUGAAAGAUAAGAUCCAGCUGAUCAACAACAUGCUGGAUAAGGUCAACGAGAUGAUCAUCGGCGGCGGCAUGGCCUUCACCUUCCUCAAAGUCCUCAACAACAUGGAGAUCGGUACCUCUCUGUACGAUGAGGAAGGAGCCGGCAUCGUCAAAGACCUGAUGGCCAAAGCGGAGAAGAACAGCGUGAAGAUCACGCUGCCCGUCGACUUCAUCACUGCUGACAAGUUCGACGAGAACGCCACCACCGGCACUGCGACAGUCGCUGCUGGCAUCCCUGCCGGCUGGAUGGGUCUGGACUGUGGACCAGCGAGCUCUAAGGCCUUUGCAGAUGCCGUUGGCAGGGCCAAGCAGAUUGUGUGGAACGGUCCUGUUGGUGUGUUUGAGUGGGACAACUUUGCCAAGGGGACGAAGAACCUCAUGGACAAAGUGGUCGAAGUGACCAAGUCGGGCUGCAUCACGAUCAUCGGUGGGGGCGACACCGCCACCUGCUGCGCCAAGUGGGACACAGAAGACAAAGUCAGCCAUGUCAGCACAGGAGGCGGAGCCAGUCUGGAGCUGCUGGAGGGUAAGCUCCUGCCUGGCGUGGACGCCCUCAGCAGUGUCUAAACCUCCCAUCGGCUGGAGUAUGUCUCAGUGUGUGUGUGUGUGUGUAUGUGUGUGUGUGAGAGAGGUGGGUAGCUCCUCAACCAGACUCCUGUUUGCUCCUGAAACAUCCCAGAAGUUUCAAACACACCCCACCUUCACCCCGCAGCCGUUUCAUCCUCAGAGGUGACUGCCUCCUCUCUGACCUGUCAUUGCCGAGUGUUCUGCCUUACAUCAACAUGCUGCUUCUGGACAAACUCCUGCGGACGAACCUCGACGGGCUCAUUUUUGACCUUUUUUAAGACAAAAAGGACAAACCUGGAAAGGCAGAGUUUGUGUUUUUCUGUUUAAACACUGUCCAGAGUUGAAACAGGUGGACGUGCUCGGCUUCUUGUAUAACACGAGGACUCGUCUGCGUUAACCCGUCAAGACUUAAAGACUGGCUCUAGUGUGUGUGUGUGUGUGUGUGUGAGUGUGUGAGAAUGUGUUAUGCAUAGCCACCCCAGGACUGUCCCUGCAGCAUCGUUAGUGUCUCCAUGUAGAAACGGUUAAUGUGGUGUGUAGAUGUUAAUUUGUCUGACGCUGACGUCGGUUCAUCCGUCUGAGCCGCUUCCGACCGGGACGUGUCAGCUGACCUGUUCUGGCCAAUAAAACUGUAUGUAAAA